UGGCGGCGCCCCCGGCGUGCCCCUUCCUCCGAUGGCGGCGGAGAUCCAGCCCAAGCCGCUGACCCGCAAGCCGAUCCUUCUGCAGCGGGUCGAGGGGUCCCAGGAGGUGGUGAACAUGGCCGUGAUAGUGCCCAAGGAGGAGGGAGUCAUCAGCGUCUCAGAGGACAGGACAGUUCGUGUUUGGUUAAAGAGAGACAGCGGGCAGUAUUGGCCAAGCAUAUACCAUGCAAUGCCUUCUCCAUGUUCAUGCAUGUCUUUUAACCCGGAAACAAGAAGACUGUCCAUAGGUCUAGACAAUGGUACAAUCUCAGAAUUUAUUUUGUCCGAAGACUAUAACAAGAUGACUCCUGUGAAAAACUAUCAAGCGCAUCAAAGCAGAGUGACGAUGAUCCUCUUUGUCCUGGAGCUGGAGUGGGUGCUGAGUACUGGACAAGACAAACAGUUUGCCUGGCACUGCUCUGAGAGUGGGCAGCGCCUAGGAGGUUAUCGCACCAGUGCCGUGGCCUCAGGCCUGCAAUUUGAUAUUGAAACCCGGCAUGUGUUUAUUGGUGACCACUCAGGCCAAGUAACAAUCCUCAAACUGGAACAAGAAAGUUGCACACUGGUCACAACAUUCAGAGGACACACAGGUGGGGUGACCGCCCUGUGUUGGGACCCAGUCCAGCGAGUGUUGUUCUCAGGCAGUUCUGACCACUCUGUCAUCAUGUGGGACAUCGGUGGGAGGAAAGGAACGGCUAUCGAACUCCAAGGACACAAUGAUAAAGUCCAGGCCCUCUCCUAUGCACAGCAUACGCGGCAGCUCAUCUCCUGCGGUGGUGAUGGUGGCAUUGUUGUCUGGAACAUGGAUGUACAGAGGCAGGAGACCCCUGAAUGGUUGGACAGUGACUCCUGCCAAAAGUGUGAUCAGCCUUUCUUCUGGAACUUCAAGCAAAUGUGGGACAGUAAGAAAAUUGGCCUAAGACAGCACCAUUGCCGCAAGUGUGGGAAGGCCGUCUGCGGCAAGUGCAGCUCCAAGCGUUCUUCCAUCCCCUUGAUGGGCUUCGAAUUUGAAGUGAGGGUCUGUGACAGCUGUCAUGAGGCCAUCACAGAUGAAGAGCGUGCACCCACUGCUACCUUUCAUGACAGUAAACAUAACAUUGUGCAUGUGCAUUUUGAUGCGACCAGAGGAUGGUUACUGACUUCUGGAACUGACAAAGUUAUUAAGUUAUGGGAUAUGACCCCAGUAGUGUCUUGAUGACUCUCACAGGAAUCAGAAAGAUAGUAUUUACUAAAGAAAUGGUUGUUUUAAUCCAGAUCAUUACUGGAGAAGUAAAGCAGAUGUGUGAGAAAUAAGAGAAACUAAAGACCCUAGGUGAAUGUGUAUCUUACCUAUGCAGUCAGUGGUGAACUAGCAAAAGAACAUUUGCAGGGACUUUUCAACUUGUUCAUACAAUAUAAAGAAGAUAUUUUUUUAACAAAUGGUUUAUACAGUCUGGCUCUGCUACAUUGUUUUGACUAUGCCGAGAAAAAUCUGUGUGGUAUUGUUUAAUUUUUAUACCUUUCAGCCCUCCAUUUCACCUGUUGCUUUGUGUGUUGGAGAGAUAAGGGAACUAUCUGUUCAGAGUAUUUUGGUCAUUAUAAAGUAGUUUCCACGUUUUCUUCACUGUGGCAUAUAUCAUGUGGCCAGCAUCUUUUUCUUGUUUUUUUACUUCAUUUACUUGUACCUUCUUUCUCCACUUUUUGCCAGAGUUUGGGUAUUUAUAUGUUCAUUUCUGGUGUUUCUGCUUUUAUUUCUUCUCAGUGGAGAGAUUGAAAAACUGUUUGUGUGGCCCCACCAGCUGACUUCUUGAAUUACCUGAAGAAUGAUCCAUUUCUGUUAUCUGACUUGUUCACAUUCUCACUGAGUACAACUGACUUCAUGUUUUUAUCUCAGGUUUCUGUGUUUCCCACUUUAGAAAAUGCUGUGAGAAAGAUGUUCCCACAUUCAUUGUCCCAGAAGUAGAUGAUUAAAAUUCACAGCUUCAACCAUCAGUGCCUGGAUCAUUUAGCAUUCAACUGGGCCUCCUGGGCCCUUUAUGUGUUAGGGAUUUUUUGCUUGUUUGUUUUUUGAGUUGUUUUGUUUUGUUUGACAUAGCUCUUAUAACAUUCAAGACAAAAACCUACAAGCUCCAAAAAUAAAUGUCUUUAAGAUUUUUUUUCCUGUGUGACAUCAGCUCCGAACUGGAACAUGUAUUACUUUAAGAUUGUAAUCCUGCUUUCUUCCUCACCAUCUGUAUUUUCUUACCCUUCAAAAUCGACACAUUCAAAUAUUUCAUCUUACUGUAUUUCAUCUGAACACUUCACACAUUUUCAUAUUGAGACUGUAUGUGAUCUGAGAUAUAUAGGUACUGAAUGCUACAGCUCCUGCUGUGUUCCUGUUAGGAACAUGAAAAAAGAUUUUAGAAAAUGAACAUAAAGAAUUCUUACUUCUGAGGGAAUCAAAUCAAACUUGAUAAGUGAUACAGAAGACCUUUUUCAAAAUCUUAUUUUCACUGAAAAAAUAGGAUUAAAAUUAGUGGCAAGCACCUGCCCCAUUCCAAGCACUUUAUGUGGACACCACCUCCUGAGAUGCUCACCUGUCAGGAAUAGUAAGGGGUUUUACCAAGUCUCUUGAGGAUCACAGGGUUAAAUAAAGUCUCACAGAUAAAGAGAACACUUGUCUGCUCUUACCCUUCUGGGCCUUAUCUUCACAGUAGCUGUUCACUUCAGCUUUGACAAGUUUUUGGUAAUAGAAAAGAUUUGAAUACAAUAGAAAUCCUUUUUUUUUUUUUUUCUUUUCCUGGAAAGCGUUUCACUCCCCUCACAAUCAUUCAUUACUUUUCUAACUGGCAAUACCCGUUGAAAGCUAUACGUGGAUACCACCCUAACCCUGACCCAGUUUGCUCCCCAGGGAUGGGGCUUUCUGGAAGGGACUCUGCUGGCCCAGCAUUGGGAAGCGGGGCCAGAGUGUGUGCCCUACGCAUCUGUGGCACGUGACAGCCAUCACCGGAGGCCUGCACUCUCCAGGAUGCACACAGGCCUGUAUGUGCACACAAAGUCAUCAUCUGUCACUUCACACCACGCUUGCUUGUGUUCAGACAGAGCUGUUAUAACUACUUUGUUCUGCAUGGUUACUCUGUGAGAGAGCUUUAAAAAGGGGAGUACAGGGCCGGGGAUUUAGCUCAGCGGUCCGGUGGCCUGCCGUGCAAGUGCAAGGACCCGAGUUCAAUCCCCAGUACCAAAAAAACGGGAGGGGAGUACAUUUAAAAUACUAUUUUGUAGUGUAUUACUAGAACCUGUGGCCACACUAUGUUGUAUAUAAUAGAGAGCUGCAUUCUGGAAAUGAGUAAUAGAAGUGAGUCACUCUGUUUUCACUUCCUGGACUUCUGCACCUGGCCUGCACAUGAGGGGAAAUACAGUUUCAGGGAGGCAGGAGUUCAGGCACCCAGCAAGCUUUGUGUGGAUUCCCGGUUAUAAAUUAGUUCGGACCUCACUUGGAAAGCUGAUUGCCCCAUCACCUAUGGACACUGUGGUCUCUGUUCUGUGACCCUGUGCUUCAUUCCGGCCACCUCCCUCCCUGCAGUGCUGUGGCCCAGCCUACAGGGCCGCUCAGAGGUUGAAAUCUGAUUGGUGAUGAAAACUGUGAUUGAAAACCAUUGGUGUUUUAAGGUAUCCUUUGCUCUGCCCUUUGCUUUCCCCUUGUCUACGUGGAUACUUGAAUUUGGUGACAUUUUAUGUAGCAGAUUAAUUGUACAUGUUUGUAAUACUGUGAAUUCUUGCAUUUUGCAUUAAGUAUCUCCACCAUUUUUGUAACCUGUAGAGAAAUGUGUGCUGGUGUUGGAUGUCUUCCAAGCAUUUUGUGGAAAUGCAGGCUUCAUUCAUUACGAGUGAAAGCUGGCACCAGCACUUGGCUUUUCUCCUGUCUAGGUGAAAAUCAUAGUUCUUGCUGUACCCUACUGGAUUUGCACUUUACAUAUAUUUUUGCUGAAUUAAACAUACAGCAGCUCUGGCAAAUAACGCCUAAUGUGGCUGUGUUGAGGAAGCAGCAGAACUGCACUUCACAGAAGAAAGGAAUUAAUCGCAUGUUCUUGGUUCCCCCGAAGGAAGGAUGUUGCUGGAGUGUGCAGCUGCCUGGGUGUGUCUCCACAAUAGCAAAAAUGGUCUCAAACUAAAUACUUGGAACCGUGUGUCAUUUUAUGUGUGGUCAGUCAACCAUAAUGGAUUUCUUAUUGUUUGAAUUAUUCAGAGAAUCAUAAAGUCAUAAAACUGAACGUGAUCUUGAUCUAGAAUGUUCCUAGCAGACAAAACACUUCAGUCAUACCAGGAAGGUAGAUAUAAUUGAAGCAUAAACAAGAGAAUCCAAAAGAAUAUUCAAGGGACAGCUGUUUCUGAAUAUUACCUAGUAACUGCAUGAGUGGGAGGAGUGACUUCAGCCCCUUGAGGCAGAGAGCUCUCGAACCAGGUUUGUUCUUCUCCUUGAAAGCUUCUGGUAGCACAUUGCAGUUUUAUCUUCUGAGCUUCACUUUUUAAAAGUACAAUGUAUUUUUAUUUAACAUUAAUCCUUAAAGCCUGCAUUUUGGCUUUUAAGCAAAAGAGGGGCUCUAAACUAUGUGUCACAGUUAGUGGACGUAAAUAUUCAUUAAAUGAAAUUCCUUUGGUUUUGCCUUUUCAUAAUUGUACAUAAGGGAGCUUGUUCACUAAGAUUUAUAUGUUAAAGUGAAAGAAAAGUGUUUUACCCAAAUGUUCUCAUUUUUCUCCUUUAAAAUAAUGUUAGGUUAAAUUUUGCCUGGUGUGAAAGUGGAUAUUUAUCAACUUGAUUAAAAAACACAGAAAUUAACUCAAUUUUGAACACUGAGUUAUCUAGAUUAUUGGUGAUUCUCCUGGUCCAGCUCAUCCCACUACUACUGAGAGCCCCCACACACCAGGCAGCUUGGUGUCGGGGUCACCAUGAGCCUG